AUCACAGGCUGCUGAUCUGAUGCUUGGGGACUCGGAUCCACUGAUCCAGCCCUCGACAGCCAGGGGUGACUAGCUGGCAUGAUGGGGCUGAUGUCUGUGAGCGUCGGGCCCUUCCGCAGCCGAGUGCGCCUCUGGGGCAGAGACUUCUCCACGAUCUGCACAACUUUUCGUAACAGUGCUGCUGUAGCGUCGAACACAUCAUUACUCCAAAGGAAGUCUGCAGCAUUAUAUCAACGCAAUUUCACACUUACUCGGUUACUUAGCUCCAACAAACCACCGAGAGGGUUUGAAAAGUUUUUCCCAAAGAGUGAUGAGAACCCCAGUGUCAACAAAUCAGCUGAGGAUGAGGAGGAUCAAAACACCAAAGACCAAGUGCCGCAGGGAGGAGGAGGCCGUGGGACAAAUGAGGAAGACAGAAGGAGAGGAGGAAAACAGGAAGAGUCAGACUGGUGGACGCGCUUUCAGGAUGAAUUUCCUUGGGAUGAAAAAACGCUGCGCAACAUCGCAAUUGGCGUAGCGGGUAUGGGAUCAGCUUUUCUAUACUUCUACUUCCGGGAAACAGGGGUUGAGAUCUCCUGGAGGGACUUUGUUCACCACUACUUGGGCAGAGGCUUGGUGGAUCGCCUCGAGGUUAUCAACAAACAGUAUGUCAAAGUGAUUCCUGCCAAUGGAGUGAACACAUCUGAAGUGAGCUACUUGUGGUUCAACAUUGGUAGUGUCGACACAUUUGAGCAUAACCUGGAGAUGGCUCAGCAGGAGAUGGGCCUAGACUGCACACGCAGAGUACCUGUGGUCUACACCAGUGAAAGUGAUGGGACUCUCCUAUUGAGCAUUCUCCCAACACUGCUACUGGUUGGCUUUCUAGUUUUAGCCAUGCGGCAGGGACCAAUGGCAGGAGGCCAGGGAGGUAGGGGACGGGGAAACCCCUUCAGCAUGAGUGAAUCCAAAGCCAGGAUAAUAAAAGACAACAUCAAUGUGCGCUUCAAGGAUGUUGCAGGCUGUGAGGAAGCCAAACUGGAGAUUUUGGAGUUUGUUAACUUUCUAAAGAACCCUCAACAGUAUCAGGACCUGGGAGCCAAGAUCCCCAAGGGAGCAGUAUUAUCAGGUCCACCUGGGACAGGGAAGACCCUGCUGGCAAAGGCCACGGCAGGAGAGGCUCAUGUGCCCUUCAUCACUGUGAAUGGAUCUGAGUUCCAGGAAAUGUUUGUUGGUGUGGGUCCAGCUAGGAUAAGGGAUAUGUUUGCCAUGGCACGAAAGAAUGCCCCCUGCAUCCUUUUCAUUGAUGAGAUAGACGCGGUGGGCAGGAAGCGAGGCCGAGGAAACUUGGGUGACCAGAGUGAGCAGGAAAACACACUCAACCAGCUGCUUGUUGAAAUGGAUGGGUUCAACAGUAGCACCAAUGUGGUUGUUUUGGCUGGCACCAAUCGACCUGAUAUCCUGGACCCAGCUCUGAUGAGGCCUGGACGCUUUGACCGACAUAUUUACUUAGGCCCACCAGAUAUAAAGGGCAGGGCGUCCAUCUUUAAAGUGCACUUGAAGCCUCUCAAGUUAGAUCCCACUAUAGAUGCAGAGGCCUUGGCUAGGAAAUUAGCUGCACUAUCUCCAGGUUUUACUGGAGCGGAUAUUGCCAAUGUGUGUAAUGAGGCUGCUCUAAUAGCGGCACGUCAUCUCAACCAGUAUAUCAGCACCAAGCACUUUGAGCAGGCAAUCGAGAGGGUGAUUGGAGGUCUCGAGAAAAAGACCCAGGUACUUCAGCUUCUUGAGAGGACUACUGUGGCGUACCAUGAGGCCGGCCACGCUGUGGUCGGCUGGUUCCUGGAGCAUGCAGAUCCCUUACUGAAGGUGUCCAUCAUUCCCAGAGGGAAAGGUUUGGGCUAUGCUCAGUAUCUGCCUAAGGAGCAGUACCUGUUCACGCAGGAGCAGCUGUUUGACAGGAUGUGUAUGAUGCUGGGUGGGCGUGUUGCUGAGCAGGUUUUCUUUUCCCGAGUCACCACCGGGGCACAAGAUGACCUCAGGAAAAUCACCCAGUCUGCCUAUGAACAGGUGGUACAGUUUGGAAUGAGUGAGGCAGUAGGCCAGGCAUCCUUUGACCUUCCUGCCCAGGGCAGCAUGGUAACUGAGAAGCCCUUCAGUGAACACACAGCGCAGCUAAUAGACCAGGAAGUCCGCUUGCUCAUAGACGCUGCUUACCAAAGAACCCAUCAGCUCGUCAUCGAUAAGAAAGACCUGGUGGAGAAGGUGGCAAAGCGUCUUCUAGAGAAGGAGAUCCUGGACAAGGCUGACAUGCUGGAGCUGCUGGGGCCUCGUCCAUUUGAAGAGAAAUGCGCCUAUGAGGAGUUUGUAGAAGAGACGGGAGAACUGGAGGAGGACACUUCUCUACCUGAGGGGCUAAAAGACUGGGACAAGAGCAGAGAGGAUCAGGAGCACCCGCAGCGCAAAUCAGCCCUUUACCUGUAGGUGGACAUGCAGCCCAGGCCAGAUGUGCUCCUGGACUAAUGUGAAGACUUCAGGGCUGGACCUUUUGUCCCAGACUAAUUCCUGUCAGACUUAAUAUUAUUAUGAAAGAAGCCCUUGUUCAUCACGCCGCAUGUCGCAGGAGGUGGGAUGGUGUUGUGGUGUGUAGGUCCAAAAUGGCAUAGUCUAUGCAACCUGCAAAUUUUGUAUAGAUUUUAAUUUAGGGUAGAUUUUAUGUUCAAAUGGGAAUACCAAAAAUGGACUUCUCAUUUUAUUUUGAGGGCAAAUUGAAGUCACUGAGCUAAGUUGCUAUGAAGGGUGCUUGUACAGCUUACCUUUCACUGAAGGUGCCUUAAUCUACCCUGUUUCCCUGACAUGUUGAUGGAAGACCUAGUACAUGGUGACACUGACAAACAUCCCACAGAUUUGUAGGAAUAUAUAGUUUUGCACAGAACCGUUAUUGAACUCGUGUUUUAAAAUACAUACCGGUAAUAUUUCAAUUCAAAAUUGAGAGUGCGUUGAGGCAUGUGCCUGCUAAAUACUGUAACAUGUUGCACUGACAUGUUUUUAUAUGAGCUACAUUUUAUUCCGAGGUUUCCCCAGAAGAUUGUCCUCAUCUAACCUUACUGAAUUUCAACAAAAAAUGUGCUCGUUCACCCCCAGGCUAUAUAGUAUAUGGUAGAUAUACCAAUAAAUCUAUACAAGGGCAACUAGAAUGCACUCCACCUCAGCAGCCACUCUGAAAAUGCCAGAAAUAUAUCCAAAAUAUCUUUCCCUAGGUGUGCGUUUUAAGUGGCUGGCAGGAAAGAAGGAUUAUUUUUAAAUGAAUGCUUAUUGAGUAGGGAACCUGAUGUUCUGUUUUCUCAGAUCUCUGAGAUUUCAAAGGUGCUUUGACUGUCUUUAAUCUUUUUGAAAUUCACCUGCAAUGUCAAAUCCUUCGUGUCUAAUAGUUCACUCCCGUGGCAGGCUCGUAGUCAGAGCAAAAAAUAUUCUAACCUCCCUGGAACUUUCUGUCUCAAGUGAAACACAAAAUUACCUUUUCUCACCAUCGCAGACUUCAAACAAAUGUUGACCCUCUUCAGCCUUGUUAUCAUGCAUCACACAAGGCAGCUGGUAGAUGAGAAUUCAUUGUUUGGGCAGACUGACAUUUUUUAAAGUAGUUUUUUCCUCCUAAGUAUCCAAGUGAUGAGAGUUAACUCCAUCAGCUCUGGUAUGAAGACACGACAAUAAACCUCCAUAAACUAGCACAGCGCAGGAUAGAUAAUACUGUACAUACAUCUGAACCCUGUAAAGAGGCUACAUUUAGGUCGCCUGCUGUUUUAUUACUAGGGGUAAAAGUUGAGCUCAGUGAAAAUCAAAUAGAAGGCAAUAAGAUGAUAUUCCACAUAGUGCCUCAAUGCUAGUUUUUGCUCUGAAACAGAUUUCAUAGGUCUUCAGUGCUCACACUACCUCACAGUCUCAGUAUCAAUAACUGCCUCUGAAAGGGAAGUGAUGUCUUUUGAAAAAAAACCUUUGAUCACAAAUAUCCCACUGCAGUCUGGUUACACAGGGUGUGUUUGUUUCCUUGUAAUUACUUGUAGUGAAAUGAUGCUUACUGCCUCUUGGACUAUUGCUGUGGUUAUAUUAUCAAUGAUGAAAUGAAUAAGUGCUCAAAAUGAAUGCAGGCUUAACUGACUAUUAAAUCUAUGGAUUCAU